AUGCUGAUUUACUAUUUGGUGAGGGGGCUUGGCAGAGUAUAUAAGGGGUUUAUUGAUGACCGUACCAUAAACGUUGCAAUAAAGGAUGCGGAUUUCGAGUCAAGUUUGGAUGAGUUAACGAACAAGGUGGUGUUGCUUUGCCAGCUACGCCACCCUAACCUCACCUGUCUCAUCGGAUAUUGUCUCAAUGAAGACAAGGGGUUCCUUGUCUAUGAAUUUAUUGUCAAUGGAAACCUUGGCGACCGCCUCUCCCGUACUAACCACGAGGAACCCCUCCCGUGGAAACAAAGACUGCGGAUUUGCUUUAGAAUGGUGCUUGGACUGCACUACCUUCACACUGGACUGAAGCAUAAUAUCAUCCACCGUGACAUGAAGCCAAGAAACAUAAUGUUGGACGAGAAAUUGGAGGCCAAGUUGACAGAUUUGGGGUUGUCCAAGUUUGGUCCACCGAGUUUGUCAAAGGUUUUGAUUAGAGUAAAAUCUGAGGUAGUUGGUACUUACGGAUACGCUGAUCCAGAGUUUAUUGCGAUAGGAGAAUUGACUGAUAAAUCUGAUGUAUACUCUUUCGGUGUGGUACUGCUAGAAGUACUCUGUGCCAGAAAAGCAAGAGACAUCAAACUGACAAAAGAACAGAAGUUUCGAGUUACUUGGGGCCGAAAAUGCAUUGAAGAAGGGACUAAUCAGAUAAUUGAUUCAUAUCUGAUGGGGAAGGUAGCUCCAGAGUGUUUCAAGACUUCCGGGAAGAGAGCAAAACAAUCUUUAGUUCUUCCUGAGGGAUUAUGCCAGCAAUUUUCACUCACUGAGAUCAAGAUAGCUACCAAUAACUUCGAUGACGAUUUAGUAAGUGGUCAUGGAGGUUUUGGCAAAAUAUAUAAGGGAUUUGGCCAUGGAGGUUUUGGCAGAAUAUAUAAGGGAUUUAUUGAUGACUGUACCAUAAACGUUGCAAUAAAUCGUCGUAGUUUGAUGUCACGACAAGGCUUCGAAGAGUUUGGGACCGAGGUACUGUUGCUUUGCCAACUACGCCACCCUAACCUUGUCAAUCUCAUCGGAUAUUGUAUUGAAGAACAAGAGAUGAUACUAGUCUACGAGUUCAUAGCCAAUAAAUUCCUCGCGGAACAGCUCCUCUACAGGGACCAUGAUGAUCCCCUCCCGUGGAAACGAAGACUACAGAUUUGCAUUGGGGUGGCGCGUGUACUGCACUACCUUCACACUGGGGUGAAGCAUACUAUCAUCCACCGUGAUGUGAAGUCGAGCAACAUUUUGUUGGACGAGAACUGGGAAGCCAAGUUCUUAGAUUUCGGCUUGUGCAAGAUGUGUCCUCCAAGCUUGUCAAAGGCUUUAAUCAAGGUUGAUUCUGAAGUGAAGGGCACUUUUGGAUACGUAGACCCCGCUUAUUUACGUACAAAUCAGCUGACAGAUAAAUCUAACGUCUACGGUUUGGGUGUGGUACUAUUUGAAGUACUGUGUACGAAAAUAACAGUGGACAUGAAAUUAGAGAGCGAACAGCAUAGUUUGGCAGUCAGGGCUCCAAAAUGCGUAGAAGAUGGGUCCUUUAAUCAGAUGAUUGAUCCGUAUCCGAUAGGCAAGAUAGCUCCAGAGUGUUUUAAGAUAAACGUGUACAUUGCAACUUCUUGCGUCCGAGAAGACAAUAUGGAACGUCCCACGAUUGGUGAAGUGGAGGUAGGCCUUGAACACACACUGGAGCUGCAAGAGUGUGCAGAUGCUGCUAUGAGGAAGGAUGAUUCAAUAUAA